GUUUACAUGCUGCAGUCCGCGUGGCGCUCCCUCACACAGUUGAGAGAGUGACGGGAGAGAAGGAGCGCUCGAGCUGCGAGGAGAGAGAGCGAGAGAGAGACAGAAAGUGAACGUGAGAGAGAGACGGAAUGGUGGAGUGGGCUGGAGCUGAGCUGUGGAGCACUGAGCAGGUUUCUCACUGGCUGAAGGAUCAGGGUUUUGGUCAGUAUGUGGAUCUGCUGUGUGUGAAACACCGGCUGGACGGAGCUGGACUGCUGAGUUUAACUGAGAAUGACCUGCGGUCACCUCCGCUACAGCUCCCCCUGCUUGGGGACAUGAAACGGCUCAUGCUUGCGCUGCGCAGACUGCAGAGACAACACGCCCCCAACGGCGUCUCUAAGUCACAUGGAUACGGAUCUGAUCGCUGGUUAUGUAAUGGUGAAGGCUGUAAUGGGGUUGCCACGGCAGCCGCGGUUGUCGAGGAGGAUCGCUGCCACGGUUACUCUAACGGGAAGUGUAAGCGGCGUGGCCGACUGGAGCCGGAGUGCUGGAAGACAGCGCUGAUUACGGUUUACGUGACACUAGUGUUCGGGAUCACGUCCUUCAUCAUGGUGCUGGUGCACGAGAAAGUACCGGACAUUCACACCUACCCACCACUGCCCGACAUAUUCCUUGACAGUGUACCCAGAAUUCCCUGGGCCUUUGCCAUGGCUGAGGGCUGUGCGGUGGUCCUGGGCUGCAUGCUGCUGCUUACACUGCUACUGCACAGACACAGGUCUAUUCUGUUCCGGCGGUUCUGCAGUUUGAUGGGGACGGUGUUCCUGCUGCGCUGUGUCACCAUGUUCGUCACCUCACUGUCUGUCCCAGGUCGUCACCUGCAGUGCUCAGGAAAGAUGUACGGUGAUCUGUGGGCAAAGCUCCAUCGAGCGUUACAGAUCUGGACAGGUUUGGGAAUGUCUCUGACUGGAGUGCACACGUGUGGAGAUUACAUGUUCAGUGGACACACGGUGGUUCUGACCAUGCUCAACUUCUUCAUCACUGAGUAUACACCCCGUAAGUGGCACCUGGUCCACACGCUGUCGUGGGUGCUGAACCUGUUUGGGAUCUUCUUCAUCCUGGCGGCUCAUGAACAUUACUCCCUCGAUGUCUUCAUUGCCUUCUACAUCACCACCCGGCUCUUCCUGUACUACCACACGCUGUCCAGCACUCACGCCGUCCAGCACAGCCGCCGCGCUCGCGUCUGGUUCCCGCUGUUCUCCUUCAGCGAGAGUAAUGUCAACGGACCCGUCCCAAACGAGUAUGCCUGGCCUUUCUCCAGACCCAGACUCCUCAGAGCACUCAUAGGAUAAACGCUGAUUAAACCCACUAAUCCUAUCGAGAAACUGUAGAACACAUUUCUGUCCAGCUUCACUAUAGCAGAUAUGAGCAAACGUUGGUGUCAAAGCUCAUAUAAUGUUUACAUUGUUUCGGAGCUGAUUAACUGUUUAAUUAAAUAAGUUACUGCAGUCAGUCUUACAGAUCAGUGCUCUGACAGAGGAGUCAGUUAUUUAUUAUCAUUAUUAAUAUUUAUUCCUCUGUCAGUGAUCAAGGCUUGUACUGAGUGGUUUACAGGUGAUGAUGAUGGUGAAGGUGUUUACAGGUGAGUCUUCAGCACAUGUUCAGGUUGACGUGAAGCUGUUUAACUCCUUCAUUCUGCCGAGUUUAGUACUAAUAUUAUUAUUAGUAUUACUAAUGUUUUAUUAUUAUUGUACAAUUUACGUGUGGAAUAUUAACGACACAAAGCUGCCUGAGAGAAUUACUGACCAUUAAUGUCUUAGAACAUCAAAAAGCACUUUAAUAACUGUCUGUAAUUGCUGCUUUCUUAAUAAUACAAUAAUGUAAUAGCUCUAAUCUAUUUUUGCACAGAUUUAACUUGUAAACUAACUUAUAAAAUAACUAUAUGUAUAUAUGUUUGGAAUACAACCUUUUUUCCUUUUUUUACCGAAUAUUGCCAAAUCAGCAUUUUUACUGGAACACCCUUUUUUGUUUGUUUGUUUGUUUUGUUUUUUUUUUGUUAGUUUUUUUGUUUUUCUCUUAAUAUCAGUGAAUACAGAUUUCUCUGGAAUAUCACUUUUUUCUUUUUUUUUCUCCUAAUAUCAUGGUGUAGGGGCGAUAAAUUGAUCUUGAGGCUGAUGGGGUUACAGAAUCUGCCAAACAGAACUCCGCUCUAAUGGAGUUAAUAUUCCAGCCUAAAUAAAACUAAUUUGAAUCUCAAUGAAGAGCAUUUUGCCAAAAACCCAUCAGUCUCUCCCCAACACAGAUUUAAGAUGAGCUUAAUGUAUUCUGGGUAAAUUUCUUUCCAAACUAUGACUUUAAUACAGAUUUACACUGAAAGAAAGAAAAGCAGUAGUUUGUAAAUGACGCUGAAUGAUGUGCUGGAUCAUGUGUUUGUGUUUUCAGUACUUACUGAUUAAUUUAUAUUAUACAGUCAGUUUAUAUUGAUCUGAUGCUGAUUUUUACAGUAAAUGCUGUUUUUCUGGAUCUAUAAUAAACAUUUAUAUUUACACUCAA